AUGGCCGAGACAGUAUAUCAUCUUUCGACAGACCAGAUUCACAUCAAUGCGGGUCCCGACAUGCUUGAGGCCUUCCUCGGUGGCGCUGCCUUUAGGGGCGGGUGGCAUGACCGACUUCAAUUCCCACAACUUGACUUUAUAAGACAUGACUUCGCCGAUGAACUUUCCUAUAAUGGAAAAACUUCGUCACCAAGCUACUUUAUGUACUGCCCGUGUAAUCUGCAAAUCAUUGAUGUCCGUCAUUACUGUGGGGAUCUAAAAGUUGUAGAGGAGGCAUCCGUUAUGGUGCUUACAGCAAUCUGGAACAUCCUUGUAUUUCAUCAAAGGAACCUUAUAACCUCGUAA